UGUUCUGCAUAAAGUAAGAAAUUCAGAAUAAUCCGCGCACGUUCUGCACGGGGUUGAACAGUUUGAGGAACGAGUUGAAAGCGCUUCAAAGAGCUCUUCGUUCGUUAACUUUCCCGUGGAACGUGACGACUGCGUGACACAGUUCCGUUUUCAGCAGUGACGCGACGGUUGACCCCCCGUGCGACGCGCGUGCACGCGCAGAGCGCAAGCGAGGGGCCGCACCUCCGCAAUAAGAGCGCGCGCGCUAAACGCACAACGUCGCACACGUGAGCGAGUUUUGCGCGAGAGCCGCUGCGGAGGAUCCGGCCGGCCUCGCAGCUUUUAUUCGGAUGCGCGCCCGAGACUUUCUUUCAUGACUUUUGCGGGGGCUGCAAAUGGGCGGCACGGGUGGCAACCUCUACCUCAGCAUGUUGACCGGCGCCGCCGAGGCGCAAAGCCUGCAGGCGAAGAGCCCCGAGGGGAACGGACACCCGCAGCCCACCCGCGGCAGGGCCAAGGAGCCGCUCCAGGACGCUCGCUUCUACUACCCGGACGCGGCGGCGGGCGGCCAGGGCGGCCAAGACGCCCUGGCGCUGCAGCCGCACUACCACCCGGAGCAGGCGCUCGGCGGCUUCGGGGCCGCCCAGCCGGCCCGCUUUUACGCGCAGACGCUGGGCGGCUGCCCGUACGCGGGCGCCGCGGGCUCGCCGCAGAGGAGCGCCGCCCGGCCGGCCUUCGGGGACGGCUUCCCGGCGGUGGGCAAAGACGCGUACCCGGCCUCGCCCGACACCUUCGGGGCGGGCUACCAGCGGGCCGCCCUGUACCCGCUGCCCGGCUUGCAGCUGUGCGGCAAGACGCAGGCGCUGCUCAACAACUACCCGCUGUGGGCCAAGUUCCACAAGUUCCACACCGAGAUGAUCAUCACCAAGCACGGCAGGAGGAUGUUCCCGUUCCUGAGUUUCAACAUCAGCUCGCUGGACCCGUCGGCGCACUACAACGUGUACGUGGACGUGGUUCUGGCCGACCAGCACCACUGGCGCUACCAGGGCGGCAAGUGGGUCCAGUGCGGCAAAGCGGAGGGCAACAUGCCAGGAAACAGGAUGUACGUGCACCCCGACUCCCCCAACACGGGCGCCCACUGGAUGCGGCAGGAAGUGUCCUUCAGCAAGCUCAAGCUGACCAACAACAAGGGCGGCACCAACAACGUGGCGCAGAUGAUCGUGCUCCAGUCGCUGCACAAGUACCAGCCGCGGCUGCACGUGGUGGAGGCCAAGGAGGACGCCGCCGAGGACGCCUUCCACCCGGCCAAAGCGCAGACCUUCGUCUUCCCCGAGACGCAGUUCAUCGCCGUCACCGCCUACCAGAACGCCGACAUCACACAAUUAAAAAUAGACCAUAACCCCUUCGCCAAAGGCUUCCGUGACAGUUACGACACCUUGUACGCACCGCCAGACCCCGAACGCAUCACCCCCUCCCCCACGGAGAGCCAGCCCCUCCUGCCGGGGGGCUGCUACACCGCCGGCUACCUGCCGGAGCCGUACGUCAGCCCCCUGCCCCAGAGUCGCUUCUACGGGCGGGAAGCGGCGGCGGCCGGCCAGCAGCCCAAAGACGUCCCCGCCGGUCCCGGGCCGCACUGGUACCUGCCGUCCCAGCAGGCCGUCGCCCCCAACCGCCUGGACUUCGUGUCGUCCUUGGAGGGGGACUUCCCUGGCAACGCCCUCUACAAGCCCUUCCCGCUGCAGACCCCCCCGCACCCGGCCCUCAGCUACUAUCCCGAGCACCCGUUCGCCUCCACCAGCGUGUCCACCGCGGCGGGUUGGACCGCCGCCCGGGCCCCGCCUCAGUACCUCGCCAAUAAGCCCGCCCCCGGCCUGGCCUGGCUCCGCCCGCUGUCCUCCUCACCCUCGUCGCCCGGCAACGCCAGGCUGCACGCCGCUGCGCUGGAGCCCCUCCCGCCGGGCGACAAGAGCAAAGACGGCACCGGGGGCGAGGAGCACUGGCUGGACCCGUCCCUGGUGAAGUCGCCCGACUCCGUGGACUCGGCCCAGUUUGAGGGCGACGUCAAGAAGAGGAGGUUGUCGCCCCCGCCCAACCGCGGCGCCCAGCUGUGCGACAAAGACGCUGACUACUUUGGCUACUACAUUCACUGAGCCGCACUUCUGGACACCCGGCCCACCAGAACCACUGGAGCAUUCAUCUGUUAUCCAGCCUAAGGUCCGUGUACUAGUACACUCUUUGUCCUGACUAGUAACACAGCUUCUGGAUACUCGUCAGUCUACUGUGGAAAAAAACUCGUAGGAAGGGCUUGAAUCGAGUCAUCGAGUGGUCAAUUUGACUCUCCCGCAUCAUAUUUGUGGAUAUGUCGAACCGUCAAAGUGACCGUCACGGGUCCGUGGUCCAAAAAAGGUUGGGGACUGCAGUAGUGCGCUAAAAAAAAAUAAAAACAUUGACACAACUUUCAUCCCGUUAUUGUCGGGGGAAAAAAACGUACAUACGGUGAACCUUCGCGAAGUGCUGCCGCGAGUAGCGAAAAUCCGCAAUCGACGGCCACCUAAUAAGGUUUGCGUUCCUGUAGAGAUGCCGCGAAAUCGUUUCGCCUAUUAGACAAGGUUAUGGCUAGACUAAAAGAAGCUCCUCCCCUCGGUUCAGCACAGCGUGCUUGGCGCCACGAUGCCACCAGAUGGCGCCAAAGCAGUGUUUUUAUAUUAGACAUGACUUUGGUUGAAGCAACAAAAUUAGCGGAUAGAGGACGACACGUUCCACGCUCCAAAAUGUGCAAUUAUGCAAAACUUGGGUGAAUUUUCAAGUCUGGGGGGGAUCAUUACUCCGUUGUUCUACCAAUGCCACGAAUUGCCGCGACGUCGUCGUACAGUAACGUCAUAAGCGGCACCGGGAGUCUAAAUUUGUCUUGCAAGUCAGGGCCAAGCUUCUACUAAUACACGGACCUUAAGAGCGAGAUCCAGAACAAACGAUGGCCGGAACCAAUUUUUAUGUUCGGACAUUCACGAUUUGAGGACGCCAAACGGACGCGCCGCGCCUCUGGACCAGGCUGUCUUCAACUUUUUGGGUCCAU